UAUGAGUGGCUCGUGAAUGGACGUCCAUUGAUGAAAGCACAUCGUUUUGUACUUUCACAAGACUUUGGAUACAUUGCUCUGAAUAUCCUGUACUGCUAUCCAGAAGACAGUGGAACGUAUACAUUGGUGGUUAGAAAUGCUGCUGGUGAAGCGCAAUCUACUGUAGAUAUUGAUUGUCGCAUCGAUGGAGUCAACUAUCGCGACUCGCUUCAUCCCAGCUCCCUCCAACGUAUCAAAGAACUCGAAACUCCACAACAAAGGGCCGAACCUCCACCGGAGAAGCCAAAGGAACAACCACAAAUCCUUAAGGGUCUACCGCCUAAAUUCGACGUUGUUCAUGAAUCGCAAACACUUCAUCUUGAGGCUCAGGUGGCUCCAGUGGACGAUAACACUUUGAAGUAUGAAUGGCUGUACAAUGGCCAACCAUUGAAAGCCAGCAGUCGCUACCGUAUCCUCAACGAUUUCGGUUUCGUCACUCUCGAUAUUGACUAUGUUAUUGCCGAAGAUGCUGGAAAAUAUACCUUGGUGAUUUCGAACGCAGCUGGCAAAGCCGAAACCUCCUGCGAAUUCGACGUUGAACGACUGAAAUCGAUCCUAUCUGACACCGCUCAUCCAGAAUCGUUGAGAAGGAUUACGGAGAUGGAACAACUCCAGCCUGCCAAACCUAGCGAAGAGGAGAUGCCACUGGAACCACCUGUGUUUACUCAACAGCUUACUGGACCUUCAGAAGUUCUUAAAGAGGGACAGAGUGUACACAUGGAUUGUGUUGUACAACCAAUCAAUGAUCCUAAUUUGAAGAUCGAAUGGUUCUGCGAUGAACGCCCGCUGAUGUUUGGAUCCCGCAUUCGAACCAUUCAUGACUUCGGUUACGUGGGCUUGGAAUUCCUCCAUGUUCAUCCAGAAGAUACUGGAACAUACAUCUGCCGUGCUACGAAUGCAGCUGGAACCGCUGAGACUCGAUUUAAACUCGAAUGCAGACCGAGACGAAAUCUUUACCUCGAUACGCAACACGAAACAUCAUGGGCGAAGAUUCAAGAGAUGGAGAAUCGUGAAGAAAUUCGUGAACCAUCACCGGAAAUUAGCUACUUUUUUGCAAAACAUCUUGCUUCACUGAAUUACCUCGAACUUCCUAUCCAGCUGAGCUUGAUAUAUUUCCAGAUCGAAUGGUUCUGCGAUGAACGCCCGCUGAUGUUUGGAUCCCGCAUUCGAACCAUUCAUGACUUCGGUUACGUGGGCUUGGAAUUCCUCCAUGUUCAUCCAGAAGAUACUGGAACAUACAUCUGCCGUGCUACGAACGCAGCUGGAACCGCUGAAACUCGAUUUAAACUUGAAUGCAGACCAAGACGAAAUCUUUACCUCGAUACGCAACAUGAAACAUCAUGGGCGAAGAUUCAAGAGAUGGAGAAUCGUGAAGAAAUUCGUGAACCAUCACCGGAAAUGUCCUUCCCACCACCACAAUUUACUGAACAACUCAAGAACGUCGACGAUGCAACAGAAUCGGAUGCCGUACGACUUGACUGCCGUUUGGUACCUGUCAAUGAUCCUACAAUGAAAGUGAGUGACUUGAUGCGAGAUUUUCAAAUUUCAAAAGUGACGUCAUCAAUCGGUACUUGUUCAAGGUGUACUGGACAAUUAAUGGAAACCCACUACCAGAAGCGAGUCGUUUUAUGCCAGCCAGGAAUUUCGACUAUGUCAGUUUGGAUAUCUUGGGACUGUACCCAGAAGACUCUGGGGUAUACACUUGCAAGACUGCUCGAGUUAGAGCAAACAUCUAAGCAUCUCCAGAUUUUUAUUUUGGCCGUCUCCCAGUUCGGAGAAGCUGCUACUUCUUGCACCGUCAAGUGCGCUCCAAUCAAAUCACUACAGCUUGAUACCCAACAUGAAGCUUCGUGGAAUAGAGUACAAGAAAUUGAGAACAAAAAACCAGUGGAGAGGGUUUAUGAAGAGCCAGAAAAGGCUGUCUCCCAGUUCGGAGAAGCUGCUACUUCUUGCACCGUCAAGUGCGCUCCAAUCAAAUCGCUACAGCUUGAUACCCAGCAUGAAGCUUCGUGGAAUAGAGUACAAGAGAUUGAGAACAAAAAACCAGUGGAGAGGGUCUAUGAAGAGCCAGAAAAGAUGCCUCCCCACUUCGUGGUACAGUUGCCAGGUGCUUUGGGUGAAUGUCCCGAGGGUACGCCAAUUCAUUUCGAGUGCCAAGUUGAACCAACCAACGAUAAUCAGCUUGCGGUACAAUGGUAUGGUAGUAGUAUAGUAUCUGAUGAUUCGCAUACCGUAACCUACCGUACGCAGGUACCAUAAUG